CAAUGGAAGCAGCUUUAAUGUAUUUAUGCAUCUUAUCUCAUUCACAUGCUCAGUUCAAUCUGUUGCUUGUAGUAUAUGUAACAGAUUGAUCAAACUGCAGAUUAGAUUGCCAUGGAGGUAGAAGAAUCCCAGCAGCUGUCGCAAAUGAAGCCGAUUGUGAGCAAACGCCUGAAGACCACUCUCCGGCUGCUCAGCUUCUCCAGUCUGAUCGCCGGCGGCGUUGGUGCCGCGAUCACAAUCCGCGUCUACUACCUCCAUGGCGGCAGCCGUAAGUGGCUCACCAGCUGGCUCCAGACCGCUGCCUGGCCGCUCACCCUCCUCCCCCUCGCCAUCUCCUACUUCUACCGCUGCCGCCUCAGUGCCGACGCAGCAGCACCGCGGCCCAAGCUCUGCCUCUCGUCCCGUGUCGUCUUCAUCGCCGGCGCCGUACUGGGCCUACUCAUGGGCCUAGACGAUUUCUUCUACGCCUACGGCGCCGCCUACCUCCCUGUCUCUACCUCCUCCAUCAUCGUGUCUUCGCAGCUGGCCUUCACGUCGCCCUUCGCCUUCGCGAUCGUGAAGCAGAGGUUCACGGCAUACUCGCUGAACGCUGUCGCCCUGCUCAUCGCGGGGGCGGUGCUUCUGGGGCUGGCGGCCGACGGGGAUCGCCCGCCGGGGGAGUCGAGCAAGGAGUACUUCGCGGGCUUCUUCAUGAUGCUAGCGGCGGCGGCGCUCUACGGCCUGGUACUUCCCCUGGUGGAGUUAACCUACGCCAAGGCAGCUGCCAAGCAGGGGGCGGUGAGCUACACGCUGGCGAUGGAGCUGCAACUGCUGAUCGGAAUCUUCGCUACCGCCCUAUGCACCGUAGGGAUGAUCGCCAACAACGACUUCCAAGCGAUGCGACGAGAAGGGAAAGACUUUGGACUCGGGGAGUUGAAGUACUACAUGGUGUUGGUUUGGUCCGCGAUCUUGUGCGAGUUGCUACUGUUGGGCACGAUCGGAACCAUCUUCUACGACUCUGCACUGCUCGCCGGGAUCAUAUUGGCGGUUUGCCUACCCAUAACAGAGGUUUUCGCAGUCAUCUUCCUGCACGAGCCAUUCAGUGGACAAAAGGGAGUGGCUUUGGCGUUGUCCUUGUGGGGCUUCGCCUCCUACUUCUACGGAGAGUACAAGAAGGGAAAGGAGAAGAAGAAUGAGACGAUACUGGAACCAACGCUUGAGGUCUCUGCAAAUUAAGCCUUCAAUUACUAUAAAAUCGUGAUUAAACAAAUCAUUAAUGGCUUCGUCAAUCUUCAGUAGAAUUUGUUGUUCAUCGUUAUCUGAUAAAUGGUAUGGGGUACCCUGCAUUUUUG